UCAAUAUGCUCUACCAGACAGUGACGUCACCAACAGGGAUACAGACAGCAGGAAGCUUUGGGCAGAGAGACAUUGUUGACGUUCUGUUUUGGUCGUUUUUUUCUGGAUUUGUUGGACAUCGCGCCGCCAUCAGCCGCUGACUUGGAAGCCGUCCUACCUUCUCGCCGCCAUCACGCCUCAGUGCGGGGAUCCAGCCAAGAUGAAAUGGAUGUUCAAAGAGGACCAUUCCCUCGAGCACCGAUGUGUGGAGUCAGCAAAGAUACGCAACAAAUAUCCUGACAGAGUGCCGGUGAUAGUGGAGAAGGUGUCCGGCUCUCAGAUAGUGGACAUCGAUAAGAGGAAGUACCUGGUGCCCUCUGACAUCACAGUGGCGCAGUUCAUGUGGAUCAUCAGGAAACGCAUCCAGCUGCCUUCAGAGAAAGCCAUCUUCCUCUUUGUCGACAAAACUGUGCCCCCAUCCAGUCUCACCAUGGGGCAGCUGUACGAAAAGGAGAAGGACGAGGAUGGAUUCCUGUACGUGGCCUACAGCGGAGAGAACACCUUUGGUUUCAAGGCCUUUUAUACAACACGGGGUUAACACACACACACGCACGCACGCACACACACACACACACACACACACACACACACACACACACAGUGGGGCUCAACAUAAACUGGAGCACCAUCUUUCAUACAUUUCACAUGUUGUACAAGUAAUCCACCCACACACUCAGCACAGCAAUUUACGGUCUGUUUUUGAUACUAAAAAACACUGAUUAGCUCCAUAAACAGGUCACAAACUUGCUUUAAAAGCGCUUGACUUAAAUGGCUGGUCUUUUGUCACGAUCGCUGUUUUAAAGGUCACUUGUGGGGAGAAAUAUCAGCUACACUGCCGAAUAAAGUACGAAAUAACACACACUAUAGGCACGUCAUUCAUUUUCAUACUGACAUAAGUACAGGGAACUGUUAAAGGGAACCUUUUUAGGCUUUGACACACAUACACACACACACACACUCACGCUACGUUUUUUUGUUUUGUUUUGCUUUGUUGUCACAGAUAUGUGUUAAGCCGGAGGGACAAAGAAUAAUUGUUCAACCAGAAUCAUCAACCGCCUUAUGGAUAUAUUUGUAUAGCUCAUUGUAUCAUGUAGUAAAACGUCAGUAUUUAACGUUAAAGCCACAGUAGCGCUAGGCACUGUGAAAGUCCUAGAGAAGGACCAUACGCAUGUGAGACGUAGAGCUGCUGGAGUGGAGGCACCACUCCUGCCACACCUUUGAAGUGCUUCCUGUUGUCGAUUUGCACAUCAUGCUGACGGGAUCGUUGUGAGGGACGACAGCCACAAACCUGCUAUAAAAAAGCCAACACUUUAGUUGAAGUUGAAUUACACUUCCAAGAAUUCCUUUGAAAACUUCAGGUUCAUUUGUAUAUUUAAAUUCAACCAUCCAUUUCAUCUUCACAAGAGAGAAAAAUGACGUUGUGGGCAUAUAUUCUGGAAUUUAAAUUCUCUUUUUUUUGCUGUAUUGAAAAGGUCCAUCCAUAAAAAGUCAAUUAUGUUCAUUCAUUUUGAAGAUGUUUUAACAACUCACUGGUGUACAAAUUGCACAGUUAGCCACACUUAACUAAACACUGAUACACUAAGCCCAGGUAUUGGGACCGGACAGGUUAACUAGCUCACCUGGUCAAUGGGCCUCUGCCAGCUGCUAACAGCUAACGUUAACUAGCUCACCUGGUCUGUUGUUCACACAGUAGCAUCAAAAGUGUUGAGCCACCGGUGUGGGUACUAGUUUGCAGUUUGUGCAGUAGCACAGAUGGGUUAGCUAGUGAUAAAUAAUAAGAUCAUGUGAUAUCCUAAUCACUAAUCCAGCGAGCCAAUCAUUAUUAUUAUGACAUCUUUUUAUUUUCCCUGUAUUCACCAUCUCUUUUUAUGUUAUGAUUCAAACUACACAAGCCUCUAAAUGUUGGUGGAUAAAAUUAUCAAAUGUGAAUUUUGAGCGUUCACAGCCACAGAUACUCAAAGUGAAGUGUUGCUGGGAUCAGAGAGAAAUCUGAACCACUCAGAUGAUGGUCGCAUUUGGGAUGCAUCCCCCCCCCUUCUCUGUCAUCACGGUUCAGUAUUCAUAUAUAUGUGCACCACUAAGCCGAUUCAGGCUUUUAAACAUGGUAUGUAGAUGUGUAAUAUAUUGAUGGAAUGCUAUGGUAUUCGGUAUUGUUUUUAUUUUGUCAGUGUUGUGUGUUUAGUAUAUCUCAAAAGGCAUAAAUGAAUUUUAGAUAUCCUACAAAAGGUACGGGAGCUGGAAGAGCUGACCAAUAAAAAAAAGCAAAUCAUGAA